AUGUAUAUAGUUAGGUUGAUUGUAAUUAACAUUGUUGUCAAGGGCUUAGGUGGUGGUAUUAAACAGAAAUACCAUUGGGUUGAUCUAAAACGAUUUGGACCUACUGGUGAACACGAUGCUCCCCGAAUUGACCGUGUCUUAGAGAUAAUGGACUGUGGCUGUCGAACUGCAAAAGUUGCAUUGGUUGGUUGUGGCACACAUUUAAAAUAUAUUAUUGCAACUGUUAAUAUGAAACCUGGAGAUAUGUUGGUCACAUCUGGUUACAUUCCUCGGAUYCCAGUUAAUCCAAAUGAAGGAGAUGCAUAUCCACUUGGUGCACUGUCCAAGGGAACAAAAGUUCACUGCAUUGAAAAGAUGCCAGGUGAAGGGGCUCAUUAUGUAAUGACAGCUGGAUCAACAGCUACUAUAUUGAGGCAAGUUGAUGACAGAGUCAUUAUUCAGUUACCAUCAAAAUUACAAGUAUCACUUUCUAAAUAUUGUAUGGCGUCGAUUGGACAAAUAUCGAAUGCAAAUCACUUCAAGGAACACAUUGGCAGUCCCAAUCGUAACCGUGAAUUGGGAAAUCGUCCUCGGUCUGGAUUGUGGCAAAGAAAAACAGGUCGUUUUGGUCGUAAAAUCAGACCCCCACCACCGUUAAAAAUUGUAACUGAACUUGCUCCAAAAAAAAUGGAAAAAGUUACACUAGAACUAAGUGCUUUGUUUUGAAACUUUUGUAAUUAGCGAAUUUAACAAUUAACUGUAAUGUCAAAGUAUAUGUGUAAAAAUAAAAUAAAUUUAUAUUUAUAUUUAUAA